CAGCUGCCACUCAGUGCUGCCUGACGUCAGUGUGACCAGAGAGUGAGAGGAGGAGGGAGGAGAGAGAGAGAGAGAAAGGUUAUAAGAAGCGGACGGAGAAAAAAAGACCUCAGGAAAUCAGGAAAACAGAUCUGCCAUCCUUCAGAAAUGAGACAUUCUCCGCUGCAUCGGAGAAUAGAAUAAGAUACAGAUAAACCGAGCCUCCAGCCCUAACUUUUAACACAGAAUAUUUGGAACACAAUAAGAGAGCAGUAAUGGUGAGCAGGUUGCCUGGCUGCAACUCCCUGGCUCGAUUCUGCCAGAAGCUGACCAGGGUGAAGACGCUGGAGGCAGAUAUGAUGGAAACCACCCUGAAUAGGUGCCUGUCUACGCUGGACCUGACCUUGUUUGGCUUUGGCGGCAUGGUUGGCUCUGGCCUUUAUGUUCUCACUGGCACAGUCGCCAAGAAUGUUGCCGGUCCUGCGGUCAUCGUUUCUUUCAUCUUUGCAGGUUUUGCCUCUUUGCUUGCCGCCUUGUGCUACGCCGAGUUUGGCUCCCGUGUGCCAAAGACUGGCUCCGCCUACAUGUUCACCUAUAUCUCAGUGGGCGAAAUCUGGGCCUUUAUGAUUGGGUGGAACGUCAUCCUGGAAUACAUCAUUGGUGGAGCUGCUGUGGCCAGAGCUUGGAGUGGCUACCUGGAUUCUAUUUUCAACCACAAGAUUCAAAACUUCACCGAGACGCACAUUGGCAGAUGGAACGUGCCCUUCUUUGCCUCCAACCCUGACCUGCUGGCCGCUGCGCUAUUACUCAUUGCCACAGCGUUUGUCACUUGCGGGGCCAAAGUGGCCUCUUGGCUGAAUCACGUGUUUGCAGUCUUCAGUAUGGGAGUGAUCCUCUUCAUCCUGAUAUUUGGAUUCAUCCUAGCUGAUCCAAAGAACUUCAGCGCCGAGGAGGGCGGCUUUGCCCCUUUUGGAUUUUCAGGAAUCAUGGCUGGCUCAGCAACCUGUUUUUAUGCAUUUGUAGGAUUUGAUGUCAUUGCAGCAUCUGGUGAAGAGACUCGGAACCCUCAAAAGGCUAUCCCUAUAGCGACAGCAAUUUCUUUGGUCCUGGCUACCUUAGCAUACAUCUUGGUUUCUGCAGCACUCACUUUGAUGGUUCCUUGGCACAGCUUGAACCCAGAUUCGGCCCUCUCAGAUGCCUUUUACAGGAGAGGCUAUGCCUGGGCUGGAUUCCUUGUGGCCAUUGGAUCUAUUUGUGCAAUGAACACAGUUAUCCUCAGCAACCUGUUUUCUGUCCCUCGGAUUGCAUAUGCCAUGUCUGAAGAUGGUCUGCUUUUCAAGAUAUUUGCACGAGUAAACCCAGUCACCAAGGUCCCUGUGAUCGGUAUCAUUAUAUUCGGAGUCCUGAUGGCCACCUUGGCAAUGGCGUUUGAUCUGGAAUCCCUAGUGCAGUUCCUUUCCAUCGGAACACUCCUGGCCUACACAUUCGUUGCUGUCAGCAUCAUCACGCUACGCUACCAGACAGAUAAAGCAAACUCCUCAAAGCCACCCCAGCCCAAUCAAAGCCCUCAAGCCCAGGACGGUGGUGGGCUGAAAGAAUACGAGUCAUUUUCGGAUAAACUCCAGUUGGUGGAGAGGCAAAAAGUGGCCAAAGAGCGAAGGGAGCCUGGCCAACUGAGGUCCUCCUUCGAGCCUUAUUUACAUUUCCUUGGUGAUUUUGUGGCCGGAGAGAUAGUGAUGGUGGCAGUUGUCUCACUGGUGCUCUGUUCAGUCUGCCUGUGCUGCAUAUUGGUAUUUGGUAUCAGUCAUCUCCACCUUCCUCAAUGGGCUUAUAUUCUGUUCAUCGUGUUCUUUGCAAUCGGGUUUCUCCUCAGCUUGUUUCUCAUCUGGAUCCAUGAACAGCAUCAGAAAUCGAAUACCUUUCAGGUUCCACUGGUGCCCUUGGUUCCCGGUAUCAGUAUUUUAAUGAAUGUGUACCUGAUAUUAAAGCUGAGUUUAAUGACCUGGGUGAGGUUUUCCGUUUGGCUAGCUAUAGGUCUUCUCAUCUAUUUUGGCUAUGGUAUCUGGCACAGCAAGGAGAGCCUGAAGGAGGCAAAACCACAGAAUGUCAUCGCCCGUUAUGUUGUCCUUCCUAGUGGCAGCUUGGUGGAAACGGUCCAAACCGUUCAGCCUGACCCACAGGACAACAUGGGCGUGGCAGAAGUGACCGGAGAAGAAGUGAGUAGACAGUAGCGAAUUUGGCCAGUCACACUUCGAUGGAGGACUCCCCUCACCCUACCCCCACCUUCCAAGCACUGAUGUUAUUCCAGGAGCAGUCGGAUAGAGCUGCACCAGAGUAUUUUCACCAUGUUGUUGGUAAACAUGUGUCGCAUCUUUCUCGUUUCACUCAUGAUGUUUGACAACACCUGCUGGUUUCUUUUCCAAAUUAAAGGGAAAGGGGGUAUGUAAAGUAAAUGGGAUAUCAUCUCUACUAAGGUAGCAGAGUGAAGAAUGUCAUUUGAAAUCAUUAAACAUUCAUGCAGAAGCAUCCCAAAGGUAUCACUUCAGGGCCCAAAUCUUCUGUACAUCAAUGAAUUAUUAUUUUUUGCCAUUUGAUUCAAUUGAGACAACUUCUCCUUCUUUCCUUCAUCUUUUUAUCCAGUGGAGUAGAGGAAAGAUCGAGAAAGCAAAAAAAAAAACAGCCUCUCCCCAUAGCUAUAUAUUAAAGGGCGACAUAUACUUGCAAUAUCAUUACUUUCUGUGAGAAAUAUUCAGUAUGGCAAAGAUUUGAUGGGGCAGCAUACAUUGUAUCAAAAUUAUUGAUUACUUAUCAUGCAAGCCUAUGUAGGUUCAGGGAUUCUAAAUCCUUCACUCAUGAUUAUGGCCUAGGAACCAUUUCUGGCCUGACUGAUCUUCACUAUGGCCCAAUUGGCAAACUCACCUCCAUGAAUGAUCCAUCCACAUUUACAAUGUUGAUUUUAUUUGUAGUUCUUUCAAAUUAUUUUGCUGCCUAGCAUCCCUCAUUAUAGUUUUCCAACUUUCCCCCUCACCCCUCUUUGCUUACCCUCUCCUCUUCUCAUCCUCCUCCCCGCACCUCCAUUCAUUUGCUCCUCCUCCACAUCCUUCAGCAGCUUGCAGCACAUUAUCCUUCCAACCUCUGCCCCUGCCCUACGUUGCUUCUUC